AUGACACCUAUCAUCAUAUUUUAUAAAACAAACUCAAUGACUGACUUUUUGCCAUUAUUUAUUGAAGAUAAUCGUUUUAGUGUUAUUAAAGUAACAAUCAUUAACCAAAUUCAAUCUCAAUUUCCUGAAAAUAAAAUCAAUAAAACAAGCAUAAAAUUCUUUAUAAAUGGUAAUCAAAUCCAACAAGAAAGAGUAGUUGAGACAAACACCUUUAUUUAUGUCACAUUCUCCUUUGUGACUGAAAUUAUAAUACAAAAUGAAUCAUCUUUUGAAACUGAUGUUUGUGAUAAUUCUGUUUCAAGUACAGAAGAAGAGCCUAAAUCCUUUUCUUUCUUUUUCACUGACAUAAAACCUUUUUAUUCUUCUUUUCACAUUGAAGAUGAUAAUUCUUCACCAAUGUUUUUUAAAACAAUUGAACCAUAUUAUGUGAAUGUUUAA